AUAGCGGGUGCUCACACAGCGGUUUCGCUGGUGCCUUUGACAUAUGCUGGCGUGUAGCCACGUUAUCUUCCCGCACAGCCUGUAAAGAUACGCCUCAGAGGGCCCUCCUUCACUUGAUUUGUAGCAGAGCAGCGUAGAAUGCGAGCGGGCAGAGGCAGAGGCCGUGCGGGUGUCGGAUGCGACCGACGUCAAAUCGGACGCGGCGAUGGCACCGAUACUCCACGAUCGACAACAAUCAUAGGAACGUGUCAGGAUAUGUGUCCACCGCGUGAGCGUCAGUGGCGUGAAAAAGAACGUCUCCUUCAUCCUUUCGAGGUCGCCGAUGGCACGGAAAAUGAUGCUCGGCCUAAGGCUGACAGAAACAAAGCCAUCAAGCAAUUCUCCAGGUCGGCUGCUGGACAGAGAGAAGCCACUUCUGAUGAACUGAGGCCACCACAAGUAUUGCUCAAGACAACAGCUUACUUAAUGCGCAUGAUUGUCCCAUCAUGCAGUGGAGACAGUUGGACUGACACAUACCACUUCGUGUGGGACAGAUUGUGGGCUGUACGCCAGGACAUGACCAUCCAGGGUCUUAACGGUGGCGAAUGCAUCGAAAUACUGGAACAGGCUGUGCGUUUUUAUGUCUAUUCGGCCUUCAGGUGCUUCGAAGAAGAUAUGAAUGCCUUUGAUCCUCACAUCAACAGCCAGCACCUACAGGAAUGUUUGAAGCGCCUGUUAGUUCAGUAUCAGCAGUUCACUGUAUACCAGUGCGUGAACCGACCAGAAAUGGAAGCCAUCUACAUUCUUCAUAACCUGGGAUCAUUUGAUGCUCUAGCUCAUGCGCUGACUCUUCCGAAGGAAAUAAGAAAUCACAGUUUGGUCAAGAGUUCUCUGGACACAAGCCUGGCACACAGGAAAGGAAACUUUAUUCGAGUUCUGAAGAACUACAAGGCCCUUCGCCCUCUUCUUGCUUGUGCUUUGCACUCACACUUGGAGCUCAUUAGAAGAACAGCGCUGCAGGUUAUGACAGUGGCUUUCAGCUCUCAGAACUGCAAGUUUCCCCUGUCCACGUUAGGCCGCUGGCUCUGCUGCCCUGAGCACACCGCAAGGGAACUGUGCCUUCUCUACCAGCUACCAGUCCAAGACUCCGAAGUGAAGUUUCUGAAAGGUCAUGGAGAUUUCACAUUGAAACAAUCCAAGAAGCACCGGGAUGCGGCCCUCAUGAAGGUCUUGUCUGAAAGCGACAUCGGUGCUUUACUUUGUCCUGAUGACAAAAGACAGCCAAGGGAAGUGAGGUGACAACAGAUGACGCCAGUGCAUUUGACAGAGGUGCACUUCACUGCUUCGAAAUCAAGAGCACAGAUUUUCUUAAUUUAUUUUCACACCACAAUAAAAACAUGCUCAUUUUCAUCAACAAAUUUGUUAGCUUGUUUA